AUGACUUCGAAGCGUGUGUGCGUCUAUUGCGCGUCGAGUGACGCGUCUGAUGAGAAAUUUCUCCUAGCGGGUCGACAGUUAGGCGAAGGACUUGCUCGGCUAAACAUAACGGUCGUUUACGGCGGAGCACAAUGUGGUGUAAUGGGCGCAGUUGCAGAUGGAGCACUGAGUGCGCAAGGAAAAGUUAUCGGUUGGAUACCCACAUUUAUGAAAACGGAAAUACUCCAUCCUGGUUUAACAGAAGUACACGAGGUGGAAUCUAUGCAUAUUCGCAAGCAUGGUAUGAUGACGAAUUCAGAUGCGCUUAUUGCUUUACCUGGUGGACCUGGAACAAUCGAAGAACUAAUGGAAGCGAUUACUUGGAGACGUUUGAAAUUGAUCGAUGUACCUAUUUUUAUUAUUAAUCUCGAUGGAUAUUACGAUCCACUAUUAGAAUUAUUCGAAAAUAUGCGAAAAGCGCGUUUUAUUAUUGAAGACACCGAUAUGACUGAUUUACAAAUAAAUACGAAAUUACCAUUGCGUCGUAAUCGACCUGGUACGAAAGCGGCCGAAUGGUGCCAUUGGCCAGAAGAAACAUCCGAAAAUAUGGAUUCACUCUAUCAUAUUCAGCAAUAUAUUCAACAAUCAAUUCGACGCAAUCCAUCAGAUAUUGAUUUUAUUCUUCAAGCGCCUGAUCAACAAGAUGAAGGCGUUUGGAAGUAUGAACAUCUACGACAAUUUUGUCUGGAAUUGAACGAUUUAACUGUUCUUUUACAAAAAGAAUGCUUACCUGAAACGUGUUCGCAAAUGACCGCCACUGAACAAUGGAUAUUCUUAUGUGCUGCACAUAAAAAUCCGAAAGAAUGUCCAGCAAUUGACUAUACUAGACACACCCUCGAUGGCGCUGCCUCGUUGUUAAAUAGCAAUAAGUAUUUUCCAAGCCGAAUCUCCAUCAAAGAAACCUCGAUUGCCAAGUUAGGUAGUGUUUGUCGUCGUAUCUAUCGAAUAUUUUCUCAUGCUUACUAUCAUCAUCGCACACUCUACGAUGAAUUCGAAGAUCGCACUCACCUCUGCCGUCGAUUCACUGUCUUCGCUUUACGUUAUGGUUUAAUUCCUAAAGACAACUUAAUUGUUCCCAUCAAUGGCGUUAAUCAAGAUGUGACGACCAUAAUGCAACAGCAGACAUCACCAGUUAAGUCAGUUCCAGUUCAAUCGUUAAAAGACAAUGAUAGUCCACCCUCGCCUGUUAUACCUUCAACGGCAGCAAUCGAAAGCGAUGCUUAA